AUGAUUCUUAUCGAAAGCAUCGAGUUCUCUAGCAUGCUUAUGAUCACCAGCCUCACUGCCGAACACUCAGGGCGGUACGCGUGCUCGGCCAGCAAUGGUGUCACUGAGGCCCGACACGAGGCUGAUCUCUUCGUCCACGUCCCUCCCCGAUUGGGGGCGUUAUCGUUCCCCCAAAACACGCAUUCAGGAAUGCGUAGCCAAGCAACGUGUUUCGUCCAAGAGGGCGACCUUCCCAUUUCAAUUCACUGGGAGCGCAAUGGCAUCCCAAUUCAAGCUUCCCCAAAUUUUAGGAUUACUAAAGUCGACGAUCUCACAACCAUUCUUGUCAUUGAUAAAGCCGGCGCUGAACACUCGGGCAACUAUACGUGCUAUGCCUCAAAUGCUGCCCAAACUGUCGCUGCCUCAGCCAUGCUGUCGGUGCAGGUUCCUCCGUCGUGGGUGUCGCCCCCCGAGGACGUGUCUGCAGCCCUUGGAGGUCUCGCUGUCGUGUCGUGCUCAGCCCAAGGCUCUCCAGACCCCAGCCUGUCGUGGAGCAGAGAAACCGCCUCAGGGGAAUGGGCACCAGUGGACCAAAUCAGAAGUUCAUCUGUCGAAGAAUUCGUCGCGCAAUUUGAAGCCCGCGUUUCUCACCACAAUCGUCUCGAGACUUUAGGAGGCUUGCAGUUCGAAGAAGAUGAACCUGAUUUGGACGAUAAAUCUUCGUAUUCUGAAAGCCUGGGCCCCAUGGAGGGAGAAUCUCUUCACACGAACGGGCUCGGGAGUUUUGCGUUAGGCACUGUAGCGGAUCUGAACGGUACGCUUGUGUUCGCCCACGUGAUGGAAUCUCACGAAGGCCGGUACCUUUGCAAAGCCAACAACGGCGUCGGUCCGGGACUUUCGAGAGCUAUCAGCCUGACUGUGCAUGAGCCUCCAUGGUUCCCCGACUGGAGUCGUCGCCUGGUGCGGGUGGAGGUCGGUGCUCCAGUGACGCUCACCUGCAGGGCCCACGGCGACCCUCCCCUCACCCUCUCCUGGACCAAGGGUGGGGCCCCGCUGGUCCCCACUCACAGGUACUUAUCUCCUAGCAGGUACCAACUCUCCUGGACCAAGGGUGGGGCCCCGCUGGUCCCCACUAACAGGUACUCACCUCCCAACAGGUACCAACUCUCCAGGACCAAGGGUGGGGCUCCGCUGGUCCCCGCUCACAGGUACUCACCUCCUAGCAGGUACCAACUCUCCUGGACCAAGGGUGGGGCUCCGCUGGUCCCCGCUCACAGGUACUCACCUCCUAGCAGGUACCAACUCNGAUACAGAUAG